UUUAGUUUGGAUGUAGUUGGUUUUACGUUUGUGAUUUUAAUAAGAAGUUUUUUUGUUACAAAAGUUGUUAAAUUUACUAUUCGUGUUACUUGUAAAGGAGUUGAGUAAUUUCACAAUGGGUACGAUGAAAACUUAUGAUAUCGACAUGUUUCCAAGUGACUUGGAAUUCUCCGUUUUUACUGGAGAGGAAAUCAAACGUCUCAGUGUGGUCAAGAUUAUUACUGGACUUACGUUCGACCCAUUGGGGCAUCCGCUCCCAGGUGGUUUAUAUGACAGUCAAAUGGGUACUUUUGGUAAACGCAUGGAGCCGUGUACAACAUGUCUAAAUAUACAGGCAUGCCCCGGUCACUUGGGUCACAUUGAAUUGAACGCCCUGGUAUAUAAUCCAUUUUUUAUUAAGCUUGUGCAAAAAAUGUGCAAUAUCUUUUGUGUGAGUUGUCAAAAAAUACAGACCAAAGAACACGAAACUGAAAUUCUGAUACUACAAUUGAGACUUCUUGAUGCUGGAUAUAUUGUCGAAGCACAAGAAUUGGAGAUAUACAAAUCAGAAAUUGUGUUAAACAACGUCGAAACAUUAGUGAAAUUGGAAAAUGGCGACAAUGUCCAUCCUCGUAUUGCUGAAAUGUAUCAACUACUUGAGAAGGGACAAAGUAACAAGGUGAAUGUGACUAAAACUUCAUGUGCCCUUCGAUCAGCUAUAGUUAACGCAGCACUUCAACGUCCAAUUGCCAAGAGAUGUAUACAUUGUAAAAAUCCAUUGCGAAAUAUUCGAUACCUACAUCGAAAACUAGUCUACUUUAUGGGCAUUGCUGAAAUCAAAAACAAGUUUGAGGGUAUCGAAGAAUCAAGUGGUCAAAAUAAAGUAAUAUUUGCCGAUGAAUGUCGCAAAUUUUUGCGUCAGGUGUAUGACGGCUACCCGGAGUUAAUGCAACUUCUAUUUCCUAUCAUCAAAAGUAAUGCGAAUUCCAACGAAAAAGAUGUUUCUCCAGUUGAUAUAUUUUUCAUGGACACAAUACCAGUAACUCCGCCAAAAGCUCGUCCUUCAAAUAUGUUACAUAAUCAAAUUGUUGAGCAUGCUCAGACGGCUCUUUAUCGUAAUAUAAUUGAAAACAACUCAGUGCUACGAGUUGUAUUGAGGCACAUCAAAGGGCAAGUUGACGAAAUGUCUGAGGAAGCUAAGGCUGCAUUCACCGGAAUUAGAGGAGGAACACCAUAUGAAAAACUAUAUAAUGCUUGGCAAAGUUUGCAGACAUCUAUAAAUUUACUAUUAGAUGUUAAUAUGGCGAGAGACGCACCAUCUUCAGCUGGUUUGAAACAAGUCCUGGAAAAGAAAGAGGGUCUAAUACGCAAACACAUGAUGGGAAAACGUGUUAACUAUGCAGCCCGUACUGUCAUUACGCCUGAUCCCAACAUUAAUGUAGAAGAGGUUGGAAUCCCCGAUAUAUUUGCGAAAAAAUUAUCUUAUCCCGUACCUGUUACGCCAUGGAAUGUUGCAGAGUUGCGUAAAAUGGUUAUGAAUGGACCAAAUGUACAUCCCGGUGCCAAUUAUAUACAAGACGAAAGAGGCUACACUACCCUAAUUCCGGCUGAUAAUGCUGCUAAAAGGGAGAGUAUGGCAAAAUUACUGUUUAAUUAUCCUGAAAAGGGUAUUAAAAUUGUUCAUCGUCACGUCCUAAACGGAGAUGUGUUGCUUCUGAAUCGUCAACCAUCUCUGCAUAGACCCUCAAUUAUGGCCCACAAAGCUCGUAUUUUGCAGGGUGAAAAGACUUUCCGUCUGCACUACUCUAACUGCAAAGCCUAUAAUGCUGAUUUUGAUGGUGACGAAAUGAAUGCCCAUUUGCCACAAAGUGAAGUAGCGCGUUCUGAAGCUUAUAAUUUAGUUAAUGUUGCCAAUAAUUAUUUGGUUCCUAAGGAUGGCACUCCUCUGGGUGGUCUUAUUCAGGAUCACGUUAUAUCGGGUGUGAAAUUGUCUUUGCGAGGACGUUUCUUCAAUCGUGAAGAUUACCAACAACUUGUCUUCCAAGGUUUAUCCCAUAUUAAGAAGAAUAUCAAACUUUUGCCACCGACUAUUAUAAAACCCAUACAAUUGUGGUCUGGAAAACAGAUUUUGUCGACUAUAAUUAUAAAUCUAAUACCUGAAGGUUACACCCCGAUAUCCUUGAAUUCCGUAGCAAAAAUUGGUGAUAAGCAUUGGAUGAUUGCCAAGAAUAGAAGAGCUGUCGCCGGUGGCACAGAACUAAAAGAUACUCAAAUGUCGGAAAGUGAAGUAAUAAUACGAAAUGGUGAACUAAUAGCCGGUGUAUUAGAUAAACAACAAUACGGUGCCACUACAUAUGGUUUAAUUCAUUGUAUGUACGAGCUGUACGGCGGCGAUACAUCCACUUGCUUGUUGACAGCUUUUACAAAAGUUUUUACAUUCUUCCUGCAACGUGAAGGUUUCACCUUAGGUGUCAAAGACAUUCUAGUCACCGGUGAGGCAGAUACCAAAAGACGUAAAAUCAUACAAGAAAGCCGCGAAAUAGGAGAUGCUGCUUUAGCAUCGGCCUUGGAUUUGACAGAUGUUCCCGCUUUGGAUGUACUAUCGGAGAAAAUGGAGGAAGCUUAUAUCAAAGAUCCUAAAUUUCGUGUUGUAUUAGAUCGUAAAUACAAAACAAUGUUGGACAAUUACACUAAUGACAUCAAUAAAACAUGUCUCCCCAAUGGUUUGAUAACCAAAUUUCCAAGUAAUAAUCUACAAUUAAUGGUUUUAUCUGGCGCUAAGGGCUCCAUGGUCAACACAAUGCAAAUCUCUUGUAUGUUGGGACAAAUUGAAUUGGAGGGUAAGAGACCGCCGCUUAUGAUAUCCGGAAAAUCAUUGCCUAGCUUUACUUCAUUUGAGACAUCGCCUAAGUCUGGCGGUUACAUUGAUGGCCGUUUCUUAACGGGCAUACAACCCCAGGACUUCUUUUUCCAUUGCAUGGCUGGUCGUGAGGGUCUUAUUGAUACUGCUGUGAAAACUUCUCGUUCUGGUUAUUUACAACGUUGUCUCAUUAAACAUUUAGAGGGUCUGUCGAUUAAUUAUGACUUGACAGUGCGUGAUAGCGACAAUACUGUGGUACAAUACCUUUACGGAGAGGAUGGUCUUGAUAUUUUGAAAUCAAAAUUCUUCGAUAGCAAAUUUGGUACAGCCUUCUUAACGCAAAAUUCCUCAGUAAUUUUACGGCCUCAAGAAUUGUCGAACAUUAAAAAUGAGGAAGAGCUCUCUAAAGUAAAUCGUCAUAAUAAAAAGCUCCGUUCUUGGUUAAAGAAACGCAGUAGUGCGGCAAAGGCUCACGCGAAGCACAUUUCCCCAUUUACGGAAUUCUCUGCAGAACUUCGGAACGAAAUCGAAGUGGAAAAUCCCAAUGAAAUAAAUGAAAAUACUGGCAGACGUCGUAUAGAUGAAGCCAUAGUCAAGUUGUGGCACAAGGCUGACGAUGAGAGUAAAAAACUGUAUCAAAAGAAAUAUGCCCGUUGUCCGGAUCCCACAAACUCUGUUUAUGGCCAAGACACAACGUUUGGGUCUGUAUCGGAAAAAAUUGAAAAAAUCGUAGCCGACUACAUUGAAAAACAUCCAAAUCGAAAAGAUGCCGUCACCGAUGUCAUGUAUGUUAAAAAUGUUAAAGCUCUUGCAGCGCCAGGUGAACCUGUUGGUCUGCUGGCAGCGCAAUCCAUCGGUGAACCAUCUACUCAGAUGACGCUAAACACUUUUCACUUUGCCGGUCGUGGUGAAAUGAACGUGACUCUGGGUAUUCCACGUCUGCGAGAAAUUCUUAUGAUGGCUUCGGCCAAUAUUAAAACCCCAUCCAUGGACAUACCUAUCAAAGCCAAUCAAGCGAAGGCCGCUGAAAAAUUGAGAAUCUCUUUGAAUCGCGUCACUCUUGCUGAUGUUUUGCAAUAUGUGAAUGUUAAAACACAAUUUGUGCAACAACCUACCAGAACACAAAAAUAUGAAUUGACUUUCCAAUUUCUGCCACGUGAAGCCUAUUGUGAUGACUUUUGUGUGAAACCCAAGCAAAUACUUAGAUUUAUGAGCAGCAAAUUUUUCGGUGUUCUUUUCCGCGCCAUCAUUAAGUCUAACAAGUCAAAAGCAGUAGUCAUCGAAAUGGGCGAAACGCAAAAGGACGAUUCAAACAACGAUGAAAAAUUAGAUGCCGAUGAUGGUGAAAACGGUUCAAGUGAAAAUAAUAAAAAAUCCAAGUCAAAUGUAACAUCCAACGACAAUGAUAAUGAUUCGUCGGACGAGGAAGGGGCUAACGAUGAUGGAGAUGAUGCUACUGGUAUAAAAUUAAAAUCGCGUAAAGUAGAUGAAACUGAAUACGAUGAUCCCGAUGAUGCUGAUGAGCUAAUGGAUGCUGAUGAUGAUGAAGAUGCAAAUGAUGAUGGCUUCUUUGAUACUGAAGCUGUGGAGGACAACAGCGAAGAUGUAGAAAAUGAAAAGGGCGAUAAGAAAAUUGAGAAAAUCCUGGACAACGCCUUGGUAGAGAGUUAUGUUUACGAUGAAAAGCAUUACUUGUGGGCUAAACUGACAUUUAAUCUUGAUAUGAAAUACAAACAGCCUAAUAUUUCAUCGAUCAUUAAAGAGUUGGUUCAAAAGACUGUAAUUCAUCAAGUGGAUAAGAUCAAGCGUGCUAUCAUUUAUAAGGGUAACCAGGAUGAACAGACUCUUAAAACAGAUGGCAUAAAUAUUGUGGAAAUGUUCAAACACAAUACAAUCCUUGAUAUAAAUCGUCUCUAUUCGAACGACAUACAUGCCAUUGCUCGUACAUAUGGCAUUGAAGCUGCUGGCCAAGUGAUUGUACAGGAAGUAACGAAUGUUUUCAAAGUGUAUGGUAUUACAGUGGAUCGACGCCACUUAUCGCUUAUAGCUGAUUACAUGACAUUUGAUGGGACAUUCCAACCACUGUCCCGAAAGGGCAUGGAGCAUUCUUCCUCACCUCUUCAACAGAUGUCGUUUGAAUCAUGUUUACAGUUUUUGAAAAAUGCUGCGGCCGCAGGUUACGGUGAUGAAUUAAAUUCACCAUCCAGUCGAUUGAUGGUUGGUUUGCCAGUUAAAAAUGGUACAGGUGCCUUUGAUCUGUUAACAAAAAUAUGCUAAAAGUGUUUUUUUUUUAAUUUACAAUAAAUAUGUUGUAUAUAUAAUGUA